AUGCAAGCUGGCUUGGUGCAAGAUGGCUGCUAUAGACUUGUAACUCCUGCGAUCGGCUCACAGGGUUUCUUUUCAAGUUUGAACCCUGCGAACAGUGCUUUGCCCUUCUGGCAUUUGAUGGCCUCCAUGGUCAUCAAGCGCUUUGCGGCCCUGCUGAUUCCGGCCAUUGCGCUGGAGUCCGAACUAGUUCAUGUCGAUGAUGAGUGCGCUGAAGGCACAGAAUGUGCCCUGAGCGCCAUCCAGCUUCGAGGAGUUUCUAAAGAUGUGGAGCUCUCGAACAGCACUGACUCCGGACCAGCGUGUGCAGACCUGAACGAUCCUGCAAAUGAGGUCUGCGCACCAGUGGUCAGGUGGGCAUCCGAUGGGGGUCGAUGGGAUCCAAAUGCGGACAGCUGGUUCAAGGACAUGCAGGCGAUUGCGGGCGUUGACUACAAGUCAGCCAGCCGGGAUGACUGGCAAAAGCUCUACUUUUGCGCUCCACCCGGCGGCAAGCAAUGUGGCACUCCCCCUUGCAAGUGUAGCAACCCCCCUUGCAAUGUUUGUAUCCAAACUGGGCAAAGCCCCUCCACUUCCUCGAAUUGCGGGGAUGACAGCAACAGCAUCGCCUGCAAGCCGCCCAAGAAGGCACUUGACUACAACGGCAUGGCCUGGGAAGACAUGGAGGUCAAAGGCAUGGGCCCCCAUCACAUUUUCGCCAUUGGCGACUGGGGCGGUAUGGAUGGCACGCUGAACCCCAUCGAGGGAAGAACUCAGCUCAUCGCGUACCCUGCCGGUGUUAGGUCAGGGCCUAGCGUGUUUCCCCGAACUCGCUGGAACAAAGCACACUCGCAGCAGCUGUGCAAUCACACUGAGUUUGUGGAAUGCUACAAGACAAUGGGGCAAUCUUGCGCACUGGGCUGUGGCUUUGUGAAGGGCAUCGAUGAUCAGCCGCAGCUUCUUGUGGCCAAUUCGUUCAAGGUCCGUGCAGCCAAGAAGGAACCGGCCUUCAUUUUGAAUGUUGGCGACAACUUUUAUUGGGGCGGCAUUGAAAAGACCUGUGGCACUCCCAUGGAUGAGUUGUCUUACACGGCUCAUCACCAGUUCGACCAGAUCUUUGAGGGUGUCUACAAUGGACCAGGUCUCGAUGGCAAGGUUUGGCUGAGCGUGCUUGGAAACCAUGACUGGGGAGGCCGUGUCUUCAACAACGGUUGGGACCAGCAGAUUGCCUACACCUGGAAGAGCAACCGCUGGAGAAUGCCUGCCGCAUAUUGGAGCCAGCACGUGAAUUUCGUCGAUGCAGGCUACACCAUGGACAUUUUCAUGGUCGAUUCCAACGCUAUGGAUGCGGAAGACUUGGAGGAGGACCCCGAGCACAACAUUUGCGGUGCCAAGCACAACUCGCCCGAUGCAAGCUGCGCCUCUUCAGGUGGCCCAGAGAACCUGCAGACGUGCAAGCAGUGGUUCUGGGAUUUGUGGUCCACCAACAAGGCCUGGCUGGCAGAUGGCCUGGCAAAGUCACAGGCAGACUGGCAAGUGGCGGUGACGCACUUCCCCUGCGGUUUUGAAUCCGGCUUCUGGGUGCAAAUGCACAACCAGCACGGGCUUGAUCUGCUUGUUACUGGACAUCGUCAUGACCAAGAGCUUUGGAGCCCAAACAGGCUGGGAGGAUUGACCUGCUUCGUGACUGGCGGCGGUGGUGGCAUCUCCUCGGAGGCGACACCCAACAUCCACAACAAGAAGGACUGGUAUGGAGAGGCUCAGUAUGGCUUCUAUGACAUCACGGUUACAAAGCGUGCCAUGGCGAUCACAUCCAUCAACUGGAACGGCUACGAGAUUAUGACUCAGGCUGUCUACCCCAAGUGA